AUAUCAUCGUCAUGGGUCGUGUUAAACUCGAGAUAAAGAGAAUAGAGAAUCCCGUCAAUCGACAAGUUACAUUCUCAAAACGUAGAAAUGGCCUUAUCAAGAAAGCUUAUGAGCUUUCAAUCCUGUGUGACAUUGAUAUUGCAGUCAUAAUGUUUUCGCCUUCGGGUCGUGUUAACCAUUUUUCUGGUCGGAGGAGAAUUGAGGAUGUUUUUACUCGCUACAUUAAUCUUCCAGACCAAGAAAGAGAUAAUGCUGUAAGUUUUCCAGAACUACCAUACCGCAGGGGUAUUCAGAAUAAGGAGUAUUUGCUAAGGACACUUCAGCAACUGAGGAAUGAAAAUGACAUAGCUCUUCAACUGGCCAAUCCGGGAGACAUUAACUCUGAGAUUGAGGAACUCCAACAAGAAGUUAAUAGGCUACAACAGCAACUUCAAAUGGCCGAAGAGCAGAUAAGGUUAUAUGAACCCGACUCAUUAAAGAUGUCGUCAAUGGCCGAUCUUGAAAACAGUGAAAAACACCUUUUAGAUGUCUUGACACGAGUCAUGCAGAGAAAGAUAAUAGUCAGCCCAUCUUGUGGUUCACCCAUUUCUUCAAGUAUUCUUCCUGGCCAUAUUGCUUGA